AUGUCACUAACUGUCUUUUUAAUCUCUUAUGUCAUUUCAGUGAUUCAUGACUCCACCCCUUGUCUCCUCUGCCUGCUGCUAUUGGCUGAGCUGUUUGUCCAUUCAUCAUCUCGUCCCGCCCCCCAUUCUCCACUCUGUGGGAUGUUUAGGUCAAUGAACCUUCAGUUGGAGAACUUGAGGAAAAUAUCAGAUGACCUCUAUGUCUUGGCAGAUGGUGAACUCACAAACUUUGAGGGUAUGGAACAUCAACUGGACGCUCUUCCUCACAUUCAACACACUGCAGCCCAUGUCACCUCAUUGAAGGUGAAUGAGUCACUCUCCCUACUGUCCCUGUACACCCAGUCCUUCAGGCUGCAUGCUGAUUGGUUGAUAACAGCAAAAGAAAACGUCAGUUUCCCCUCACAGUCAGCGGAGGGCGCCAGCUCCCACCUGCUGCAGCUGUCCAACCUCAUCAAUGCAUCUCUUCUCCAGAUCGGUGAAGAGGUUCCUCAGUCGGCGUCUCCCACUCUCCCCGUCGUCUCCACAGCAUUCGAGGUCCUCAAGUUCUCCAUUGAGAUCUCUGGACAGUUACAAGUCUUUUGUGACUGGUCAAAAAGAAUGGUGAUGCGUCUAAAGAGACUUUCACGCUGCCCCCGACAUUAA